AUGGCAGAUUCAAGUGCAAGUACACCUCAAGGUGCUAGAAGAAACAAAAGACCAUGGACAAUGCAUGAAGAUGCAAAGCUAAUAGAUGCCCUCAUGAAUUUGCAUGUAUCUGGUAAGUAUUCAAGUACAGAUAAUGGUUUCAAACCCGGAUAUCUUAAGGCAGUGCAACAACUAUUGGAUGUAAGUCUCCCUAACUCGGGUUUGAAAGCGGGGCCUCAUAUCAAAUCAAGAAUAAAAACAUUGAAGGCGAACUUUAGCAUUGUACAUGAUAUGCUAGUCGACACAAACACAGGUGGCUUCGGAUUUAGGUGGGAUUCUAAAACAUGUUGCAUUGAUGCAGAAGCCCAAGUGUGGAAUGAGUACAUUAAGUCUCAUAAAAGUGCAGCUAAUUUUAGAGGCAAGCCAUUGUCAUUCUACGAAAAGCUUUGUACUCUCUUUGGUAAAGACAGGGCUACACAAUCUCAAGCUAUUGAUCUUGGAGAUGAAGAUACUUUAGAAGAGAUGCCAACGACACCAGUGACUUCCCCUACUGAUGUUGAUAGGGAUAUGUUUCAUAGACUUGACAGAUGGUAA